UCAAAGAUGCUCAAAUUUGUAAUUUUGUCAAUUUGUUGCUUGUUAACUGAAGCAAGACCAGAUCAUUUAAGUGAUCGGGUUAUGCACCCUCACCCUAAAAAAUCGUUUGAAAAGUACAACAGUAACGAAGAGAACACUGCAGAUUUUUGGAAAACAAACGCUAUUAAGACUUUGAAGCAAGCUGUAGCUGCAGAACAUAACACAAAUGUUGCCAAAAACGUAAUCCUAUUUAUGGGAGAUGGAAUGUCAAUACCAACUCUAGCAGCAACCAGAGUGUACAUGGGAGGAGAAAAUUUUGAACUAUCAUUUGAAAAAUUUCCUUACACUGCUGUGUCUAAGACCUAUUGCGUCAAUUAUCAAGUCGCAGAUUCCGCAUGCACCGCUACAGCUUACCUAGGAGGUGUUAAAGCCAACCUUGGUACUGUAGGAGUCACAGCUAGUGUUGACUGGGAAGACUGUAACGCCAUGACCAACACCUCCAACAACGUCGAUUCCAUUGCCCAAUGGGCCCAAGUCAAAGGCAAAAGCACAGGAUUUGUGACCACCGCUAGAGUAACCCACGCCUCACCAGCUGGAGUUUUCGGGCACUCCGCCCAAAGAGACUGGGAAACAGACACUGACAUCAUCAACGACGGUAAAAAUGCAAGUGUGUGCACAGAUCUGGCAACACAACUAGUCACUGAAGACGUCGGCAAAAAUUUGAACGUUAUCAUGGGAGGAGGUCGCUAUGCUUUUCUCCCGAAAGGUACAAAAGGCGAUGAAGACGAUGAAGGUUAUCGAUCUGAUGGUGUCAACUUGAUCGAAAAGUGGAAAGAGCUUAAAGAAAGCGAACAAGCUGAGUACAUUUGGAAUAGAGAGCAGUUGUUGGCUUUGAAACCAGAGGAAACUGAUUAUGUUUUGGGUUUGUUUGAGAGUGAUCAUUGCCCUUUCCAUUUGGAACGCGACGAAGCACUCGAUCCGACUCUUACGGAAAUGACGGAAGCUGCUAUUAAUAUUCUUUCGAAAAAUUCUGAGGGUUACUUUUUGUUUGUCGAAGGUGCCCGAAUUGAUAUGGGUCAUCAUCAAGCUAUGGCACAUUUAGCGCUGGAAGAAACGGCUGAAUUUUCAAGAGCUAUAGAACGAGCUGUUAAUAUUACAUCUGAAAAUGAUACUUUAAUUGUAGUGACGGCAGACCACGCUCAUACUAUGUCCAUCAGUGGUUACCCUUUCAGAGGGAACGAUAUUCUAGGUACGGAAGGAGAAGCUGCAGAUGAUGGGCUACCAUUUACUACUAUUAAUUAUGCGAAUGGUCCGGGAUAUCAACAACCCAGUAAGAACGGAAGCAGACAUAACAUUUCUGAAGACGAUUUAAGUAAUAUAGAAUAUCGAUUUUCGGCAAUUUUUCCCUUGGAUUCUGAAACGCACGGCGGUGAUGAUGUUCUAGUCUUUGCGAAAGGACCCUGGGCACACUUGUUUCGAGGGGUUAUAGAACAAAAUGUUAUACCACAUAUUAUGGGUUACGCAUCUUGUCUUGGAGAUAGUAAUGUGACUGCGUGUGACGACAAUAACGACGUACCCGUCAGUGCAGGAACUGUUUUUACAUCUAUUUAUGUUUUUGUUGUGUUGGCUUUAGGGUGUUUAUUUAUAUAGAAUUAUGCUUAAUAAGUCAUUGUUAUAAUGCUUAAAGAAGCGUUAAACUUUAAAA